AUGGUGAAGAAGUACAGCAAUCCUUAUUUCAUCGCGGCCAUCGCCGUGAUAGGCGGUGGGCUGUUUGGAUUCGACAUUUCGUCUAUGAGCGCGAUUAUUGCGACGGAGAGCUAUAAAUGCUACUUUGAUCAGUCUAUUGAUGGGACAUGCAUGGGUCCGAGACCGUCGGUGCAGGGUGGGAUCGUGGCGUCGAUGGCUGGAGGGUCGUGGGCGGCUUCGUUGUUUUCGGGGUUCUUGUCUGAUGCUAUUGGGAGGCGGAGGGCUGUGAUGCUCGCUACCAUCAUAUGGGUGAUCGGCUGCAUCAUCACAUCCGCGUCACAGAACAUCCCCAUGCUCAUCGUCGGCCGCGUCCUUAACGGCUUUUGCGUCGGCAUCUGCUCCGCCCAAGUCCCCGUCUACAUCUCCGAAAUCGCCCAGCCGUCCAAACGCGGCCGCCUCACCGGCCUCCAACAAUGGGCCAUCACCUGGGGCAUCCUCAUCAUGUUCUACAUCUCCUACGGCUGCUCCUUCCUGUCCGGCACCAAAGCCUUCCGCAUCCCCUGGGCCCUGCAGAUGAUCCCCGCCAUCGUCCUCUUCAUCGGCAUGAUCUUCCUCCCGGAAUCCCCGCGCUGGCUCGCCCUCCGCGGCCGCUGGCAGGAGUGCGAGCGCGUGCUCAUCCUCACCCACGGACAUGGAGAUGAAUACAGCCCGUGGGUGGGAAGGGAGUUGCAGGAAAUCCACGAAUGGGUCGAGACGGAAAACGGCAGCUGGCGCAGCGGGUACUACGAGCUCCUCACGCCCAAAUACCUCAACCGCACGCACAUCGGCCUCUUCACGCAGAUCUGGUCGCAGCUGACGGGCGUGAACGUGAUGAUGUACUAUAUCACCUUCGUCUUCCGCUCGGCAGGGGUGGAUUCCUCGCACCUCCUCCUCUCCUCGAGCAUCCAGUACAUCAUCAACGUCGUCAUGACCAUCCCGGCCUUAAUCUGGAUCGACCGCAUCGGGCGCCGCCCCGCCUUACUCGUCGGCAGCACGCUGAUGGCGGCUUUCAUGUUCGCCAACGCGGGCAUCUUCGCCGUGUACGGGGAAGACGCGGGGCCGGACGGGGUCGACGGGACGCGGGAGGCGAGUUUUGUCGUCAAAGGGAAUGCGUCCAAGGCGGUGAUUGCGUGUUCGUAUUUGUUCGUGGCGAGCUUCGCGCCGACGUGGGGGCCGGUCAGUUGGAUCUACCCGCCGGAAUUGUAUCCCAAUCAUUUACGAGGGAAGGCGGUGGCGUUGGCGACGAGUGGGAAUUGGGUGUUUAAUUUUGCGUUGGGCUGGUUCGUGCCGCCGGCGUUUGUGGAUAUUCAGUGGAGGGUGUACCUCGUCUUCGCCUCCUUCUGCGUAGCCAUGACCGUUCACGUGUUCUUCUUAUUCCCCGAAACCGCCGGACGCCCCCUCGAAGAGACGAACCAGAUGUUCUCCGACCACGAAAAAGGCAUCAAAUAUCUAGGUACUCCGGCCUGGCGCACGAAGAAUUACUACUCGAGGAGUGUACGGAUGGAGCAUGGAGAGGAUUUGGCAAAGUGA